GGAGUAAAUUGAUUAACUAGCAAACCGAGACGACGAAAUUAAAUGUUUUGCCGAUUCCCGCUAUGUAUUUCCAUCAUUUUACAACGCCACUAUUUGAAAGAGGAAGCCUCGGGGUCAUCACCCUGUUUAGUUUGUUGGCUAUUGUGUGUAGCAACCAAGCAAGCCAACACCUGAGCAACCAGCCAACAACAGUGCAGGUGACCCGCUGGUGCCUCUCAGAGGACCAAUAUGGAGACAGAACUCAGCACCGUUUUGUUGGAGCGUGAUCCACAUUAUAUGCCAGGCUACUCAGGUUAUCGUCCACAGCUAAAGUUCAAAAUAGGCAAAUCGUACGGGCAGCUGAUGGCCGAGUUGCUUCACCCGCUCCCGCACACGGGUGCUGAUGGGACCCUCGGAAGCAUCCCCGAGAGGCACGCCGGCCGGAUCAUGCCUGGUUACACCGGUUUCAUCCCCAAAAGGCAGAACUACAUUGCCUGCAGCUACGCGGAAACAUGCCAGAGAGCAUUUUCGGAUUUUUACCAGGAGAUGUAUACAAAUAUUCAACGGGCGUCAACGGAUCCAUCACUUGCCGACAAGUACUCGCAACCGCAGUCAGAGAGGACAACAGCGCCCCAAACCGCAGUUUCGGACCAAGUGGUAUCCUACAAGCCCUUAAAGAGCUUCACUCCUAUUGCAAAACCACAUUUGUUGGAUGAUGGCCACCCCUACAAGUACUACAUGUCAGGCUUUACAGGACAUGUGCCGAAAUCCCGCUACCUAAUUGGGAAAGGUUACCCCGUUGCCACAAACGAGGCUCUUGUCCACUUGGGGAGGCAGCACGGCGGCGGCGACUGUUCACCGCCAUCCGUACUUGAGAGCUACCCAUCACGCCACAGGGGCGUGGUUCCAGCUUUCACGGGACAUCUCCCUGGAUACAAAUUCAUGUACGGGCACACCUUUGGCCGUCUUUCGAAGAAAGCUAUGGAGAAAAGUGCCAAAAGGAGACCCCAUCUCCAAAAAUACUGAGAAGAAAACAGAUUUCAAUAACAAGAACGUAAAUCUACAUAUGCUACUGUUUUAUUAAAAUGAUUGUCUUUGGACAUUCAAGGAUGCA